AUGAGAGUAGGGUUAAUUGGGUUUGUUUUAGGUUACCUCCUACGGAGUUCACUUGAAUCAGAAACAGAUGCAGACAGUUAUUCUUCAGACACGGAUGUUGAUGUAGAAAAAUGCAAUCCAAAUUUAGACGGUCAUUGUUUAGUCAGUAAUGAAGCAUUGGGUACAUCUGUAUUUGAGUCAUUAAGCGAUGGUACUACUUAUUUGGCCAUCAAGAAUUGUAGAAAGGGAGUUAAAUUUGGCCGAGAUGGAAUGGAAUUAACAAUUCGAAAACAAUUUGAGAAUCCGGCAUUGGCAUCGAGUUUUUAUAUAAUGUACGGAAAAGUUGAAGCGGAAAUUAAAGGUUCUUAUGGAAGCGGGAUCAUUAGCUCCUUCUAUUUACAAGGUGACGACUUGGACGAAAUUGAUAUUGCCGAGAUUUUUGGUGGUGAUCCUUUUGAAUAUCAAACAAAUUUCUUUAUCAAAGGUAAUAUCACAGACUAUGAAAGAGGGGAAUAUCACAAAUUACCAAAAAGUCCCUUGAGUGAAUUUUACAAGUAUGGUUGUGAGUGGACCCCUGAGAACAUUAUAUGGUAUUUGAAUGAUGAAAAAAUCCGAGAAGUGAGUAAGUUGAACAAAUAUGGCAUGCCCAACUCACCAAUGAAUAUCAAAUUUAGUUUAUGGGCCGGUGAAGAUACUCUUGAUGAAGGGACAAUUGCUUGGAGUGGCGGUAACACAAACUACGAAGACGGGCCUUUUACCAUGCAUGUAAAGAACUUGAACAUUAAGGAUUAUUCUACGGGUGUUUCAUAUUCAUAUGGAUGGUUACCAGAUGGUACCUGGUGCGAUUUGACUGCAAAAGAUGGAGAAAUAUACAAUAACAUCGAAAGAAGCAAAUCAAUUCCUAAUUUAAAGACAACAAAGGCGAGAUCUCUUGAUGAGGAGUGUGAGGAGGAAAUAGAUAUAGAGGAAGAUGUAAAAAAGAAGGAAAAGAAGGAAAAGAAGGAAAAGAAGGAAAAGAAGAUAAAGAAGGAGAAGAAGAAGAAGAAGAAGAAGAAGGAAAAGCAGGAAAAGGUGGAGGUGGACGACGAAGAUGAUGAAGAUGACGAUGAAGAUGACGAUGACAUAAAUGUUGAAGACGAUAUUGAAGAUAACGUCAAGGACGACGUUGGAGACGAGGGCGUUGACGUUGACGACGAUGACGAUUGCCAAACUUCAACCAAGACUAAUUUAAUCACUAAAAUCGAAAAAACUAUUACCAAAGCACCAACAUCAAAUUAUCAUUUACCCUCAAACAGCAAGCCUCCUGCUACCGCUGCUACCACUACUACUACAGCACCAAUAUCAACAGCACCAAUAUCAACAGCACCAAUAACAACAGCACCAAUAACAACAUCACCAACAACAAAAACGAUUCCAAGUCAAAGUUUGCUUGACAAGGUCGCCCUAGAUCAUACAACUACAAUUGAAGCUAGCAAAUUGCUCUCCAAGAAGCCAGAGAAGCAAACAAGUACAACAACUACUGCUCAACUGAGUGAAUGUUCUUCAGAAACACUCGUUUCAUCAUUCAAAGACAAGAAAAAUGAGGAAAAGGGGGUUAAUAUACCUGGGAAUCGCGAGUUGAUUCGCGAAACAUAUAGUUCAACAUAUUACUACCUGUCUACGGAACGUCAUUUUGCUGUUACGACUACCCGUAAAGGUAGCAAACCUACUAAAAGCGAAACUAAUCAAGAGAACAAUGAGAAUACGGAUGAUGAUGAUGAAAAAUUUGUACAAUUCCCAGAUGAAGAAAAGCCUCGCAAAAAACAAAAAUCGGGCGUUUCCAAAUUGAUAUCGUUGUCGCUAUUGACCAUGCUAUUCACAGAAACUGUGUUUAUAAUAACAUCUUUGUAA